AGGUAAUCGGUAUAAGCGCGGAGCUUAGUUCUUUGAAAUAGUUUUAAUCAGAUGACUUAAACGAAGAUAUUUUUAAUCAACGGUAGAGGCUUACGCAUGAAAAAUGCACUUCUCUAAUGAUUGAAUAAUCCAAACGAGGCACGGAAGAGUUGUGAAAUGUCAGUAAAGUAAUCAACUCUACAUUUGACAAAUGGCACACUGUUUCUUGUAACGUAUGAAAAUCACCUUCCUUUUCACUUUCAUCCUCACUCUCUUCCCUCACCAUUAUUAGUUCAUUUAACUCUUCAUUCAUAUUCUUUCAUUUCCGCUUUGUUUAGUAUAUCUUUCAUUAGCCGGCCUAAAAGCUAAAUAAGUUAAACCCAACAGUAGAGGAUCUCUGUAAACAAAGAUAAAUAAAGAAUGAUGUCUCUUUCUCUUUCUUUGUCUUCUCCUACGUAUCAUUUUGCUUCUUACAGCAAACCAUUAUGCGCUUUGAGAUCUCCUCAAUCUCAUCACACUACCAUUUCUCACCAAAAGUUGCUGCAGCAAACCUCCAGUUUUCUUGGAUAUAACCCUCUCAGAUAUUCAAUUGAUUUAAGUGGAGGGAUGAAGAAGAAGAGACUAGGAGGAACGGUUUGUUAUGCUGCUGCUGCUCUUGCUCCUAGAAAUCUACAGUGGGUCUGUGCUAUUUCCUCUUUCGUUCUCAUGCUUGCAAAGGGCACUGCUAUUCACAAGUCUUUUCUUGUCCCGUUAUUUGUUUUACAAGCUCCUACGGCAGUUGUCUCAUGGAUUCAGGGUGAAUAUGGCGUUUGGUCAGCAUUUUUGGCACUUCUGGUUCGUCUCUUCUUCUCAUUUCCUGGUGAACUGGAAUUGCCAUUUAUAGUAUUGUUGAUGGUAAUUGUGGCUCCUUAUCAAGUUGCAAACCUAAGGGGGACAAAGGAAGGUGUUGUUCUUUCCUUGGCAAUAGCAGCUUAUCUGGGUUUCCAGCAUUUCACACGUGCUGGCAGCUUGCAGAAGUCAUUUGAUCAAGGUUCAAUUAUUGCCACCCUAGCCAUCAUUUGUAUUGUUGUUGCCCCAUGCUUGCUCUUGAUUUGAUGUGAAACUACAGUGAUUUCUCAAAGGAAUCCUGUAAAUUAUUUUGUCACUUGAGGGCUGGGGAUCACACAAAUUAAUAUCUUUCUUUAAAUCUCCCGUGUAAAUUUCUAGCUGUUUAUCUAGUCAAGUGCGUCGGACAAAUUAAGGCUGUAUGUAUUUAUGCAAGAAUAAUUGGAUGUCCUAUGUGAACAAGCUUUUAUUUAUUUGGGCAACAUCUAGUUCUACUUAUCGACAACACAAAAUGUUUCUUAUUUUGGUUUUACCAUUUAUGUAAAGAAGAAGUGUCUUUUUGGGCGCA